UGCGGGAGGCGGUGGCGAUAGGAAGCCAGAGGCAGAGGGGUGACUGGUAGGCGGCGGUGCUGUCUUUGGGGGACGAAAAGUGCUAAAUGAGGAGGGCUUUUCUUCUUCUCCGGCUGCGAACCCUAUAGAGGGGAAGCUGACGAGCGUGGUCUGGGAAGGAGGUUGCCAGACUGUUGGUGGUUCCGGAACCUCGUAAACCAGGAAACUGGAGAGCCUCAAAAUAUCUGUAGUAGGAGCUAGACCCUCCAGUAAAAUGUUGAAUAGAAAUGAUGAUAAUGGUCAUCUGUGACUUAUUUUCCACUUGAGAAGGGUUUGGGAAAUAUUUAACUCUCAACAAAUGAAUUCCACACUUGAACUCUGCUGCAUUCCUGUGCCACCUCCUCCUUUAGAAAACUGAUUUUAACACAGCAUUAAAGAAGAAUAGAAGGUAAAAGAAGAUGCUGGGAUCUGAACGUGGUGUUGUGGAAGAAUGGUUGUCAGAAUUCAAGGCAUUACCUGACACUCAAAUCACCAAUUAUGCAGCAACUUUACACCGGAAAAAAGCACUUGUACCAGCCCUCUAUAAAGUUAUUCAAGAUUCAAAUAAUGAGCUCCUGGAACCUGUUUGUCACCAGCUGUUUGAGCUCUAUCGUAGCUCUGAAGUUCGACUGAAGAGGUUCACACUACAGUUCUUACCAGAAUUGAUGUGGGUUUAUUUACGGCUUACAGUUAGCCGAGACAGACAGAGUAAUGGUUGCAUUGAAGCACUUCUGUUAGGAAUUUACAAUUUGGAAAUUGCUGAUAAAGAUGGAAAUAAUAAAGUUCUGUCUUUCACCAUCCCUUCCUUAUCCAAACCUUCAAUAUACCAUGAACCCUCAACAAUUGGAUCUAUGGCUUUGACGGAAGGGGCUUUGUGUCAACAUGAUCUCAUCAGAGUUGUUUAUAGUGAUCUUCAUCCUCAGAGAGAAACAUUCACUGCACAAAACAGAUUUGAAGUUCUGAGUUUUCUCAUGCUAUGUUAUAAUUCUGCUAUCGUGUAUAUGCCUGCUUCAUCUUACCAAUCUCUUUGUCGUAUGGGCUCCAGGGUUUGUGUGAGUGGGUUUCCACGACAACAUGAAAAACACUGGAAAGAACUCUGUGGUCGAAUAGUAUUGGAUCCUGAAUUUAUGGUGCAACUUCUCACAGGUGUUUAUUAUGCCAUGUAUAAUGGACAGUGGGACCUUGGCCAGGAAGUUCUUGAUGACAUCAUUUAUAGAGCUCAACUAGAACUCUUUUCUCAACCACUGUUGGUUGCCAAUGCCAUGAAAAACUCAUUACCAUUUGAUGCUCCUGAUUCUUCACAAGAGGGCCAGAAAGUACUUAAAGUGGAAGUCACCCCAACAGUGCCAAGGAUUUCUCGGACUGCAAUUACAACAGCUUCAAUCCGUCGGCAUAGAUGGAGAAGAGAAGAUGGCUUUGACUUCUCAAACGAGGCUGACUCGAGUAUUCCUGGCUCCCCGAUCCAACACGGCUCCACUGACCUAGGGAUCAAACGUGUGCAAGAGGGGGAGGUGCUGGUGCGCAGGACCCCUGAGCAUGGCUCGCCGGAGCCCAACUCAGCAGCAGCCACAACAGAGGGUGCUGAGGGUGUAAAUGGAGGAGAGGAGUCUGUAAACCUGAAUGAUGCAGAUGAAGGAUUUUCAUCAGGGGCUUCCCUCAGCAGCCAGCCAAUUGGGACCAAACCAUCUUCUCAGAGGGGAAGCUUAAGGAAAGUAGCAACUGGGCGUUCAGCCAAAGAUAAAGAAACAGCUUCUGCCAUCAAAUCCAGUGAGAUCCCUCGAGAUUCAGUAGUUCGCAAGCAGUAUAUUCAGCAACCAACCGAUCUUAGUGUAGAUUCAAUUGAACUGACACCAAUGAAGAAACACCUGAGCCUGCCUGCUGGCCAGGUGGUGCCAAAAACCAAUAGUUUAAGUCUAAUCCGGACAGCCAGUGCUUCCUCGAGUAAAUCAUUUGACUAUGUAAAUGGCAGUCAAGCAAGUACCAGCAUUGGGGUUGGCACUGAGGGAGUUACUAAUCUAGCAACUAAUAAUGCUAAUCGAUAUUCAACUAUCAGUCUACAGGAAGACCGGCUAGGUCAAGCUGGUGAAGGUAAAGAGCUCCUCAGCCCAGGAGCCCCCUUAACCAAGCAGUCUCGAUCCCCAAGUUUCAAUAUGCAGCUAAUAUCCCAGGUGUAGUUUUGACAUCCUCUCUUCCUCUUUUUGCUUACCUUUUAAACGGAACAUUUCAUUGUAUAAGAAGACACUUCAUCCCACAUUGUGAAAAUAUUGGUCAUUGUAAUCAGAUUUGAUUUAGUUUAGGUAUCUUCAUACUGUAUUUUGUAUGAAAACAGCAAUAAGGUUUUCUUUUCCCUCCUUCUCUUCACCUGUUCCUUGUAAAUGUGUUUGUGAAGCAGUAUAACACGUUUGCCUUUUCCAUGCCUUCCUUUUUCCUUGGGUGAUGUGCAAUCCAUCAUAGGCUGAUCGGUCCCAUUUCAACACUGUGAGACUGAGGAUAUGUUAGAGGAAGUGGUAUAUAUGAUCCCUAUGAAAUGAUUCUUUGGCUUUUGUUCAAAAACAAGACAAAACGGGUUUGUUCACAUAAUCUAUAGAACUAUGAAGAUUACUGGAUCAUAUUUUUUUCUCUCUUAACCAGGAGUGCCUCAGAGAUUCUGCUAUGACUUGGGACUUCUUGAGUCUGUGCAAUCAUUUUCUUGAGAAGCAUGGGGAAAGGUGGUGGACUGCUGUACUUUUUCAUUAAAAUGAGGGUAGCUCUUUUUCCCCCCCAUUUUCUUUGUCCCAAGGACUUAGUUUUUCAGUUACUGAGGCAUUUAAGUCAAUUUGUGGCCACCUCCAUUGGGAGGGCGGGGCUCUAAGUUGAUUGUGUAAUUGAUAAUGCACUUUCUCAAUGGCUUUCUAGUCAUUAUUAACAUGUCUUCCCUCUUCCCACAAGGACUUAAAGUCAUUUCUGUCCUUAAAUUUUGAACAGCUAACAAAUCAGAGAAUUCAAGGAGCAUGUUCUAUUUCCCAGGAAUGAUUGACACUUUGGUGCUGGGGUUUUGUUGGGGGAAGGGAGAUUUUUGUUUAGCUUGUUGGAAUUGUGUGUGAGGGGUUUUUCAUUGGUGUUUUCUUUUCCUUUGUGAGCUGAUGAUGACUGAAGUAGAACUGUACGUCUUCAGGUAAAGAGAGGGAUUUCUCAAUCCACUUUCUGUGAUGUGUAGACUCUUGGAGAAACCCUUUCAGCUGCUUUCUAGAUGUACCUAAAUUCAGUCAGACAUUUUGGAUUAAUAAACCUAAAGUCCUGAUAGAUCAUGUACUCCAAGGAAAUACAUCAGGGACAGAUAGUUGGCUGAAAACACUGACGCUUCAAUGUGACACAUUUUUAUAGAACAUUUCUACCAGGGGGUACUGACUUGAUUUCUCCUGAAAGGACUACACUGCCUUUGUGUUUAGUGUAAUGCAGUUUGUGUAUCUUCUAAUCAUAUUAUAUCUGCAAAGUUUCUCAUUUUUAUAAAACUUUGAAAUCAUGCCAGUAAGCUAGAUGUUGAAUGUAUGUAAGUAGCAUUUGGUAAUUGCUAAAAGGCUACAGAAGUACAUUAUUGAUUUUAAAACAUUUUUUAAAUUCUGAUUUGGUUGAUAAGAUUUUAUUAUAACCUUUUCUGGGUCUCAGGCUCUAAUGUUUGAAAAAGAAGGGAAUAUACUAGGUUUUUGAAAAUCAGUAUUGUGACUUGAACUGUUAUAAAUUAUCCUUCCACAAAAUACAGUUAUUAGUGCUUUGUACAUUUAGACAUUUUUACUUUAUUAUUGUGAAAGAAAAAUGAGUUUACAGAAAGCAAGUAUUCUUCUAAUUGAUGGUUUAAAAUUUUUACCAAUUGAAAUUACACAUAACUUUUGAUAAACAUAACUAGAAAAGUAUCUUGUUUUUUUUUCACACCUAAAAUUCCCCCUCCUUUUUUUUUUAAUUGUAAGAGCAUUUUUUUAAACCCAUUGUUAGAAUAUUCGUAAGGAUAUUGAGAUACUUAUUUGAAUUUAGUGAUCUGUAACAUUUUUCAGCUCAUACGAAAAUGAAAAACUAGAACCUGAACUAGUAUCCACAAUAUUGCCAAAGUCCAGGUAAAAGUUGAUGGUUUAUUGAUUUAUAGGUGUAUGGUAUGUGAAUAUAUCACUGACAUAUUUUAGAUAUCUCUUAUUUUCAUUUAAGAGAUGUCAGAUAAAUGAAAAGAAUUUUUAAACAGCCAAAAUAAAGGAGGCAUACAACUUUAUAACAUACUAAAGAAAGCAAAGUUACAGGUAUGUAAGGAAAGGAAUAUUGUACUUACAAGGGAAUGAGAUCUUGGUUAUGGCUGGAGUUUCCUCACUUAGUGGCAAAAAUACCUGGUUUAUAUAGGCUGUUUUAAAUUCAACAAGUUAUGCACAUAUUGGCAUCCAAAUCAAGCAUUUCAGUUAGAAGCACAAAAGAAAUACCAAAUAAAUGAAAUUACAGUAAAAGCUAUAAUAAAAAUUCCUUUUGGUGAGAAAUCAUUUGUUAUAUCUGCAAAGUUGGUUUAAAUUCUUUUCAUUUUGCUUGAUGCCAUAGCCUGUAAUCACAGAGACUAGGGAUGCUGAGGCAAGAGGAUGGCAAGUUGAAGGCCAGCAUCAGCAGCUUAAGAAGACCCUGUCUCAAAAAAUUAAAAGCGCUGAGGAUGUAGCUUAGUGGUAGAGUGCCCCUGGGUUCAAUCCCAGUACUGCAAGAAAAAAAUUUCAUCUUAGAGGAUUUUAUUUAUCUGUACAUGUAUACGUAUAGAUUUUGUACGAAUACCUAAUAAUGUUCAUGACCCUGUAACAUUUGUUUUCCAUUCUUAUAGGUGUGAUAUUUGGCCCCAAUGAAGAAACAUUUCGUUUAGUUUAGACUUUCCAUCCAGGAUCUUAGAACAAAUUUCCUAUAUAAGAUAUAGUUAGAACGAAAUGAGUUAGUUCAACUAUCAAAUUUCCAAGUUUUUAAUUAUCUCUUUGCAUUAUUUAUUGGUAUUUUUAUUUAUUGGUACUUUUGUUUCAGGUAUACAGUAGUUGUUACAAACACAUGCCAGUAAUUUAUACUUUGUCCUUUAACAAUCUUUUAUACUUCUUACACCUCCAUUAAAGUUCACCCAUCUAUGAAAAAGAUACUUAGGGAGAAAAUACUUGUUUUCUAUAAUAAAACAAUUUGGUGCCAUCUGUGCUAGGUUGAACGAAGGUAUACAAAGAAAUUAUCAGAAGAGUUUGGGAAUUCUUCUGUAUGACAUUAAUUCUAAGAUAUUACUAGAAAGCAAAUAAAAUGUAUAGUGAAAAGUUAAAUUUAACUUAGAAGUGAGACUUUUUUUUUUGUACCAGGUAUUGAACUCAGAGACACUUAACCACUGAGUCACAUCCCCAGACCUAUUCUGUAUUUUAUUUAGAGACAGGGUCUCACUGAGUUGCUUAGCAUAUCGCUUUUGCUGAGACUAGCUUUGAACUUGUGAUCCUCCUCCCUCAGCCUCCUGAGCUACUGGUAUUACCGGCAUGCGCCAUCUCACCUGGCAGAAGUGAGACUUAAAUAUGAAAAUAUUUUAAAAAGCUAAGAAGGAAAAUAGUUGUAAUUUAAAAUCCGGAUCCCCUAUCCACCACCCUUAUUUACCAAAUCAACUCUUCUGUGCCUAUUUAUUAUAGAAUCAGAAUUUUUGUGCUAGAAGAGACCCUAGAGAUAAUCUAGUCUCCCCACACAUAUUCAUCCUCAGGAAACUGAGAUUCAAAGAGGUUGUGACAGACAAGGUCACAUAAUGAAGAAGCAGAGCCAGAAUCAAACCUCAUCUCCCAUCAAAUGCAUAUUAACAUCCCACUACCACUCUUUACCCAUACUAUGGUAAAUAUGGUACGUAAAUACUUUCCAUUUCUGCAGCUUCUUUACAUUUCUGGUCUAGUAGUUGGUGAAUACAGCACAUUAAGAAAAGUAUUAAAUCCAGAAAAAAAAAUACAGUGAUAAAUAUAAUGGAGAAGUAUUAGAAAUUUAGUUAUCUUAUACAGAUAUAAGGAUAUGUACAUUAUUCUUUAAUUUAUGCCUUACUAAUUUUCUGCCACAUAAUGAUAUGCUGCCGUGUUGUUUAUAUUUUUGGGGAUUUAUUUAAAUGCAGAGUAAGCUCAGUGAAAUGGUUUUGUUCAGUGUUUGUAUCUAUUUUAAAGUAAUUUUUUAAUCAGCCAGCUUUCAGCAAAUAAGGUGGCCAGUUCACUGUAUUUCAUAAUGGAGUAUUGUAAAAGUAAAGCUUAAAUAAAUCUGAUUCCAUUGAUUUCUAAAGAGAGAUUGGACCUUAAUGUGCUUAGAGAAGAUGAAAGCAAUAUUUCCUUAUGUGACUGAAAAAUGUUUAUGGUGUAAUGCUUAUAAUUCCAUAAUGGAACAGUGAACAUGUCAUUUUAAGUGUAUAUACCACAUAAAAUGUCUUACAUGCGGUAGUCAGAUACAUAAGCUCAAUAUUCCCAACCUGUUAUUGUCAAAUUCCACUUAGUAGCUUUAAAUUCAUUAUAAUUAUUUAUUAGACACUGGAAUACUGAGAAGAAUUUGAUUGUUUUGUUUGCACUAUUUUUGUGAAUAUUUUAAUGAAGUGGGUUUUUUUUUCCUACCUCGCUUUGUGAGGUUUGUAUGGGUCCCUUUUUGCGUACUUUAGUUAUUGACAAUCAUUUGUGUCAUUUAAUUUUCUGCAUGUUCAUUUGUAAAUAAAAAUAUUAGUAUCUGUCUUUAUGGGUAGCAUAUUGUAAAAACACUGGUAAGGAGGAUCUCUCCAUUUCUGAUCACGAAUUGCAUUACAAAGUAAGUUUUGUUUUCUGGGGAAAAAAUCAGUAUUUCAGUUACUUGUUUGUUUUUCAGUUUAAAAAAAAGUUCAAUAGGUCAUGCCAGUGAUCAGAAAAUCUAUAAGAAUUUUAGGGCACUUUUCUUAAACAGUCUGAACAUGAGACUUUUUAUCUUUCAAGUUGAAUGAUUACUGUCAUUGUUUCACCACCAAGUUGGUCAAGACACUUAUUUGUACUACUUUAAUUUUUUAAAAGUGCUUUUUAGAAAUAAGUUGUUUAAAAGCCAACUAAAUAUUGGUAGUUUAAACUCUUUAAAAUUAGAAUAUUUGUCAGAUUAGGAGAUAGAAUGCAGUGUAAAACUCAACAGUGCUAAUAAAAUCAUAAUGAGUCCCCAGAUUGGUACGAUUUUCCAUGCUAAGGUGGUCAGAACUGGCAAUGUAAAACAAAUUUUAGUAUUACUUGCAUUGUGUGUAUCUACUGGGUAUAUUAAACUGGCACUGAAUUUUCAUAGGAAAACUGGUCAUACAGGAGUCACACUAUCCCGCCUCCCUGCCCAUACAGGCACAUUUUUUUUCUAACCCUGACCAUACAACCACAAAAUUUUGGUCAUUUCUUCAGUAUUUUUGUAAUCUUAGCCAUUAGUCCUGUGAGACAUACACAAGGGCAAACAAUUCAGGAUAGAAGUUAGCAGAAAGUUAAGAAUGAUAUGAAAUAACUUGCAGCAUAGUACAGAAAUGUAGGUUGUUUUGCUUCUAGAUUUUGAGAAAUUUGAUGUUUACAAAUUAAGGCAUAUUUAUGUGUCUGCUAUUAUGCUAUUAUAUUUAAUAUAGAUUUUACCAAAAAGUAAAAUUAGGUAUAGCUUAAGUAUAAAUUAGUCCUUCUUAAAAUUGUGCAUUUGCAGGUAGGUUUAAUAAAGAGAUCCUUUUAUUUUCAAGGAGAAAUGAAUUGAAUUGGACAAUCCAUCCCAAGCCACUGAACUGAUAUCAAUCUGGUUUGCUGUAUUUAAGUGUAAACAGCUCAGUGUUAACUAUAUCAGAGAAAUUUUUUUACAUCUUCAUGAUGAAUUUACCAAAGAAAAUGUUAUUGACCAAAUGUAAUUUUUAAAGAACCUCUUACGGAAUGAAGCCCCUUUAACCUAUACAUAGGAUUGCUUACCCUGGGGAAAAUAAAUAUUAAAAGAUAAUUUGACCUGGAAAACAAGUGUACAAUAGUUAUAAGAUUCCACUUGAGGUUUUCUUAUAUCAGUAAGGUGUCAAUGGUUCAGCAAAGUACUAUUUAAAAGCUAAGUCCAAAUAUUCCUUAUGGCAACAUUUUCACAUUUCCUUAACUAAAACUAAGGGUUCUGCUCAUCAGUAUUGAACAAAAGGGGACAUUCCUUAAAAUUGGUAUAUUGUGAGACAUUAUAGUUUUUAUAAUGUGGUGGAAAUUGUGGAAAUACACUUCUUUCUUUCAUCAGUGGUAGUUAUUUCUAAUAAGUAGGAUAUUGGUUAAACUGGUAUGGUUUGUUUAUAAAAUGUAUGUACACUGAUUUUUUCUUUGUAUAAAAACAUUGAUUUAAGAAAAGCUAAAAUAUUAAUUUAAAUGUAUAAAUAAAAAAACUAAAGGUUUAAGUUGUUAAAUAAUGAUUUUUGAAGUCAUGAAAUAUAAUUGUAUAUUAACUGAUGUUCCAAACAGGUUCUAUGUGUAUUUUUUUUUUAUAUCAAAUAGUAGCUAAAAAGUAAGGACUGUAUUGAUCAGCUAUCUUGGAAAGAGAAAAUUGGCUUUCUGAUGAUGAUUGGUAUUUUUUUAAAGCUUUAUCUGAAAUCACUCAAUAAUCUCAUAAUGUGAACUGAGAGAUUAUGCUUCAUGUGGUGUUUUAAAAUAUUUGUAAUGAGUUCAUCUACUACUUUACAUUGAAUCUUUUUCAUUCUUACACUCAAAACUAGGCUGGCUUUAUACGCAUUUUAACUGGUUAAGUGAAAUGGUUUUUAUGGUACAGAUUAUUUUCCCACUGUUUUUUCUCAACAUAAUUUGGCUUUUCUGACCUAUAAUUUCUGAAGGAUUUUACAAGUGUAGUUUUAUGUAAUCUGAUAUCUGUAACAAUGGACAAGUAAAAGGAAAUAUACCACUUUCAUAUGUUUGUUUCAUGAAAGGAUAUAGAAUGUUAUAGAUCAGCUCCUUAUUUGUUAUUUUACCCAGCCUCAACCUAUAGCUUGGGUUAAAUUUCCCAAGUAUUCAGAAAAUGGGUGCUGGUAAAAGUUUAAAUAAGAUAGGCACGUAAAGAUUAAUUUCUAUUAAGGGAUGCCCUUUCAACCCAGGACUAGUUAAAAAAAAAAAAAAAAAAGAAAUCUUCAUUUUUUUUUUUUUUUUUUUUUUCAGAGCUGAAGGAAAAAAACCGCACAUUUAAGAUCAUAUUUACUGGUGCAUGUAAGCCAUUAUCCUGUCUUACUGAACUGAUUAAUGCUGUUGAUUGUUGAAAUGUGAAAUGUAGUCACUGUUGACCUUGUAAAUAUCUGCCAGAGAUGAAAAAUAUUUUAAGUUAUUGUAAAGAUGUAUAAAAUUCACUAUCAAUCUGCAAUGCAGAAACAUAAUCUCAGAUGUUAAAUAUUGUGUUUCUUGAGAGAUGUGUAAUUUGCCCCUAGGUGUACCUACUUAUAUUAAGAAUGUAAAUUUUCUUUUGUACAGUAUAAAAAUACAGCUUUAUUUGGCUUUUAACUGGA